AUGGCGAGGGGUGCGGGUACAGGGGCAGGGGUACUGGCCGGUCUGCGCGAGCGGGGAGGGGGUGAGGCGGAGGGACGAACGAGAGGGGACGCGCAGCAAGGGUGCACGGAGGGGAGGGAGAAGAGCGAAGCGGGCGAGAGGAGCGAAGGGGGCAGGGGCGAGGGGGUGGUGGCGCAAGGCCUGGCAGCCGGUGCAUGCGAAGAUGAGACGAGCGCGCGCAGAGGCCGCGGGCAGCUAGAUCGGGGGGCAGCAGCGGGGCGGCCACGGGAGGAGGCGAGAGGCGACGGCCACGGGCACGGGCAGGGGCAGGGGCAGGGGCAGGGGCAGGGGCAGGGGCAGGGGCAGGGGCGGCGGGUGAUUGUGAUAUCGGGGCCCACAGCAGUGGGCAAGUCGCGGCUGGCGCUGGCGGUGGCGGAGGCGGUGCGGGGCGGCGAGGUGGUGAGUGCGGACUCGGUGCAGGUGUACCGCGGGCUGGACGUGGGGUCUGCCAAGGCCUCCCUUGAGGAACAGCGCCGCGUGCCACACCACCUGCUGGAUAUCCGCGAGCCGUGGCAAGGCAAGAAAGGUGAGCAGGGUGCGAGUAAGGUGCAGGGUGCGAGUAAGGUGCAGGGUGCGAGUAAGGUGCAGGGUGCGAGUAACGUGCAGGGUGCGAGUAAGGUGCAGGGGGCGAGUAAGGUGCAGGGUGCGAGUAAGGUGCAGGGUGCGAGUAAGGUGCAGGGGGCGAGUAAGGUGCAGGGUGCGAGUAAGGUGCAGGGUGCGAGUAAGGUGCAGGGUGCGAGUAAUGUGCAGGGUGCGAGUAAGGUGCAGGGGGCGUGCAGGGAGGGAGCCAGGCGAGAGUUCACAGCAGGCGACUUUUACGAGGCGGCGUGCACGGCCGUGGAGGGUGUGGUGCAGCGGGGGGGCGUGCCGGUGGUGGUGGGCGGCACGGGGCUGUACCUCGCAUGGCUGCUGCACGGCCGCCCCGCCACGCCCCCCUCCUGCCCCAACCUGGAACGCGCCGUUGCGGGCGAGAUCGAGGCCGCUGUGAUGCAGGCGAGGAGGGCGAGGAGGGGGGAGGGGACGAGGGCGGAUGAGAGGGGGGAUGAGAGGGGGGAUGUGAGGGGGGAUGAGAGGGGAGAUGAGAGGAGCGUAGCGGCGGUUGGUGGGGCAGAAGAGGCAGUAGGUGGGGGUGAGGGGGAUGCAGCAGCGGGAAGGGCGUCAGUAGCCGACGCAGUGAGGGGCGGCUUGGAGAAAGAGUUGAGUGCUGACGGGAGGAUCGAGGAGGGCAACGAUGGUGCCACGGGGCGGCCUCGAUCAGAGAUCACCGUGCCUUCCCACGAGGCCAAACACACCUCCCCGCCUGCUGCUGCUGCUGCUGCUGCCGCUGCCUCGUCACCUCCACCUUUCGCCUUCCAUUGUUUCUUCCUGGACGCCCCUCGCCUGCCCCUGUACCGCCGUAUAGAUCGACGCUGCGAAGAGAUGGUGCAAGUCCGCUGCACCCUCCUUUCACCAUUGCCCUCACCUACACCACUUGAGUCCACACUCCUUUCACCAACCCACGGCUCCCGCGCCCUCGCCCUCAUGCAUCCAUCUCUUGCCUUCCUCUUCAUGCCCCAUCGUCCUAUGCCCUCUCUCGCGCUCUCUCCGCCCGUGCAGCGGGCAGGCGGGCUGCUGGAGGAGAGUGUGGCGCUGCUGCGGGCGGGGCUGCACCCCGAAUCCUCAUGCAUCCAUCUCUUGUCUUCCUCUGCAUGCCCCAUCGCCCCGUGCGCUCUCUCCGUGUGGCCGGUCGGUAGGCCGGCUGCUGGAGGAGAGUCUGGCGCUGCUGCGGGCGGGGCUGACCCCCGACUCCUCCUCGCCCACAUGCCACAUCCUCCCGUGCCCUCUCCUGUGCUCUCUCCUCCCAUGCGGUUGGCAGGCGGGCUGCUGGAGGAGAGUGUGGCGCUGCUGCGGGCGGGGCUGCACCCCGAAUCCCCAUGCAUCCAUCUCUUGUCUUCCUCUGCAUGCCCCAUCGCCCCGUGCGCUCUCUCCGUGUGGCCGGCCAUGGCCUUCCUGCUGCACUGCCAGCGCCUCAUGGGGCAAGCGAGGACCACUGAGGAGCAAGAGCAACGGGUGGAAGAGCAACGGGUGGAAGAGCAACGGGUGGAAGAGCAACCGGUGGAAGUGGCGUUGCAGGAGGCGCUGCAGGCGGCGCUGUUGGCGUUUAUCUUGGAGUUUCAGCAGGCGUCGCGGCGCUACGCCAAGCGCCAGACCACGUGGUUCCGCUCCCAACCACUCUUCCAAUGGCUGCCCGCUCACACCCCCCUGGACGAGCUGGUGGAGAUGGUGCUGCGCGACUUUGAUGGGUCGACGGGUGGGGAGGGGCAGGCGGGUGGGGAGGUGCAGGCAGGUGGGGAAGGGCAGGGGGAUGGAGUGGAGCAGGGGGGUGGGGAAGGAAGAUUUGGGGCAGAGAGGGAAGGGGGGCAGGGUGGUGUUGGAGGAGGGGGCAGUGGGGGGGCGUGGGAAAAGGCGGUGAGGCGAGAGCAUCGCAGGGGGAGCAAGGAGGAGGAGCGGGCGCUGAAGGGGUAUCGGGCACAGCUGGAGUACGACUCACGACUCUCUCUCACCCCCCCCUCGCAUGCUCUCUGCAUCUUCCACCCUCUCUUGCGCUCGUGCCUGCACUGCACUGUCCUCACCUGCUCUCUUCAGUUUUCGCCUGCUCUCCUCUUUCCUCGCUUGCUCUCAUUUGUCCACCAGUGCAUGGGUGGUGUGCACCAUGCCGAGCAGGCAGUGUCAGACCAGCCGUCCAUACAGCUUACCAAUGCCAUCGAUGCCACGCUGGCGUGGAUUCGAGCCAACGUCACGCCGCACCAACAGGGCUCACAGAGCGAGCAAGGCAACGCUGCUGCUGCAGCAUUUUCUCCGCCCUCGAGCGCAUUGGUCCCCUCACUGCGCUGCGCCAUCUCCUUGCGCAGCACUCCCUGUAAUGUUACCCACCCCUCCCCCCUUCCCCACGUUUCAGUGCAACCAGAGCGCCAUGGAAGUGCGUUAGGCAACGUGUCGGGUAGAGCACGCAUAGAUGAGUCACACGCUGUGCUGCCGUCAAACCAUUCGAGUCGAGACGAGAGCCUCGAUGCAGCCGCAAUAUUGCUGGAAUAUUUGGAAUAG